UAGAAUAUUGAUUAUUCAAUUGAACUAUAAUCAUAAUCUAGAUCUCUUGCUUAUUGGAUCUUCUACAAGUUAGUCCGCCCAAACCGUGAGACAAGAAUGGUCUGUUGACUGAUGAAUCCAUCCAUGUCUGCCUAGAUGAACUUGAACACCAAACAUCAACUUUCUUUUCUACUUCUUGCUUCAGUCAAACGUAAUUCAAUACAAAAAAACCUCAUAGAUGGAGAAGAAGAAGGAACUAGAGCUUUCUUCACCUCAUACCAAAAUCAGUUCCCAAAAUGACAUCAUUUCACAACCUCAAACACACAACAAGGGUGGCUUCAUUACUAUGCCUUUCAUCAUAGCAAAUGAAUCACUUGCUAGAGUGGCAACAUUAGGAUUAUUGCCAAAUAUGAUACUUUAUUUGAUGGGAAGUUACAAUCUUCAUUUAUCCAAAGCUACUCAUAUACUACUUUUAUCUGUUGCAACCACCAAUUUCAUGCCUCUUAUUGGUGCUUUCAUUGCUGAUUCUCAUCUGGGUCGGUUCCUUGCUGUUGGUUUAGGUUCUAUCAUCACUUUUAUGGGAAUGUUACUCUUAUGGCUAACAGCAAUGAUCCCACAAGCAAGGCCUCCUCCUUGCAAUCCUGCAACUGAAAGCUGUAAAUUUGCAACAACUGCACAAGUGGCAAUAUUAAUUUCUUCACUUGCUCUUAUGUCCAUUGGAAAUGGUGGCCUUCAAUGCUCCAUGGCAUUCGGUGCGGACCAGGUGAAUAGAAAAGACAACCCUAAUAACCAAAGAGCCUUGGAAAUAUUCUUCAAUUGGUACUAUGCUUCCUCAGCUAUUUCUGUCAUAAUUGCAUUCACAGGAAUAGUUUAUAUCCAAGAUCAUCUUGGAUGGAAACUUGGUUUUGGUGUUCCGGCCGCACUUAUGUUCUUUUCCACUUUCUUUUUCUUCCUUGCUUCUCCACUUUAUGUAAAGAAUAAAGCAAAUAGCAGCUUGUUUACUGGUUUUGUACGAGUGAUCGUUGCGGCUUUUAAGAACAGGAAACUUCGACUACCACCUAAGAACUCGGUUGGAAUGUAUCAUCAUAUGAAGGACUCUGAGUUUGUUGUUCCAACUGAUAAACUAAGGUUUCUGAAUAAAGCUUGCUUCAUUAGAAGUCCAGAAAAAGAUAUAGCCUCUGACGGAUCAGCCACGGAUCCUUGGAGUUUAUGCACAACAGAUCAAGUAGAAGAAUUUAAAGCUAUUAUCAAAGUUAUUCCCUUGUGGUCGACAAGUAUACUGAUGUCACUCAACAUUGGAGGCUCAUUUGGAUUGUUGCAAGCGAAAUCACUGAAUAGACACAUCACUCGAAACUUUGAAGUUCCAGCCGGUUCUCUUACUGUAAUCAUGAUAUUCACAAUAUUCAUAUGGAUAGCUCUUUAUGAUCGUGUCAUUAUUCCUCUAGCCUCGAAGCUCUAUGGAAAACAAGUUAGGAUUAGUGCUAAGAACAGAAUGGGACUUGGAUUGUUUUUCUCUUUUAUCCACUUGGUAACCGCAGCAAUCGUUGAGACUAUAAGGCGAAGAAGAGCGAUCGUAGAAGGAUACGGUAACGAUCCUCACGCAAUGUUGAACAUGUCUGCAAUGUGGCUUUUUCCUCAACUUUGUUUGGGUGGUAUAGCUGAAGCAUUCAAUGUUAUAGGCCAAAAUGAGUUCUACUACACUGAAUUUCCUAAAACUAUGUCGAGCAUUGCUUCUUCCCUUUUCGGACUUGGAAUGGCCAUAGGAUAUGUGACAUCUUCUUUUUUAUUCAGCGUUAUCGAAAGGGUAACCUCGAAAGGUGGAAAAGAUGGAUGGAUUUCGGAUAAUAUUAACAAGGGUCGAUUCGACAAGUAUUAUUGGGUUAUUGCCACAGUGAGUGGUGUUAAUAUACUGUAUUAUCUAGUAUGUAGUUGGGCUUAUGGAGCUACUGCUGAUAUAGAAUCAAAGGUAAGUGAAGAAAAUGAUUCAAAUGAGGAAGAAUUACCAUUGAUUGACUUCAAAAAUGAGGGUUCAUAUGACAAGAAUAGAUUAGUGAAAAAAUCUUGAGAAGCCAUAAAAUAACUGUACUGUAAGUGAUAGAUAUACAUUGAAAUAAGUUUUGAUGCUUGCAAAUUGCAAUGAACAAGAGUUGUAGCUCCUAUAGCACUCUUUUGGUGAUAGCUUAAAUAUAUAGAUCAAGGUUGUAAAUUCGAGAAUUUAAGCAAAUUUGUUUUGUUUAGGUAGAUUCGACAUGUAAAUUCGAUACGUAAGUUCAUUAUCUCAUUAAAAUAAUAUUAUAAUUAAUUUCUCAC